AUGUCGACAUAUAAUAAUACCCCAAUGAAUAAUGGUAGCGUUAAAUCAAAUGUCGAACCCAUGACGGUAGUCCCGCAGAGUCAACCAGCUACACCAACUAUACCUGAUGAUGCUAAAUUCCGUAGUGUUUCUACCCCUGAUAAAUAUGCAAAAUUUUUAACUACGAAAGCCUUAGUAUUUCGUUGUAAGACUGGUCCAUUAGAGUUCUCCUAUGAUGAUCGUAGACUGAGUGGUAAAGAAACCAAAAACCAUCUUAUUAUUCAAGUAACAUAUGUUGGACUAAAUCCUGUUGAUAAGUUCAUUAAAAAUGGAUACCCUACACCUACUCAUGGGGAGAUUGGUUUAGGUAGAGAGUAUAGUGGUAUAGUGACGCAUGUUGGUGAAAACCUAGAUAAAGAUUGGAAAUUAGGCGAUGAAGUGUAUGGCAUUUAUUACCAUCCUCACUUGGGAAUUGGCUGUUUGAAAUCUAGUAUUUUGGUCGAUCCUCGCCAGGACCCAAUCAUAUUGAGACCAUUACACAUUACCGAACAAGAGGCAGCUGGCUCUCUUUUCUGUCUAGGUGCUGCAUUUAACAUAUUAGAUAAAGUAAAGAACAAAAAUAAAUUAACACCAGGUUCAAAUAUUUUGAUAAUUGGAGGUACUUCAUCGAUUGCUAUGGCUUCUUUACAGUUAUUAAUGAAUUAUUAUAGUAUUGAAACAAAAAUAACAAUUGCUACAAGACCCAGUGGAGCAAUCAAAUUACAAAAAUUAUUUCCUUCAUUUGCAAGCCAAUUAAUCUUUAUAGAUUAUGAUGCUUGCAACGGUAAACUGAGCGAACCAUUGAAAGAGAUCAUUCAAAAUGAAAAAUACGUUGUUCUUCAAGAAAACAAUAAAGUAGAAUACCCUUACAUCCAGGGUAAAUUUGAUGUCAUAUUAGAUUUCAUUGGUGGUUAUGAUGUUGUUCAGAACUCGAAAACAUUAAUUCGUAAAGGUGGUGUAUAUUUAACUACCGUAGGAGAUAAAUUAGCUAACUACAAGAAGGAUACAUUUGGGGCAUAUGAUAGUGCUAGUGCUAAUACCAGAAGAAUGUUUGGUUCAAUGUUAUGGUCAUAUUCUUACAUUCAUUACUACUUUGAUCCAAAUGCAAAGACUGCCUCUUCGAAUAACUGGAUAGUCAAAUGUGGAGACUUGAUUAGAAAUGGUUCAGUAAGAUGUAUAAUAGAUAAACAGUUCAAUUGGAAUGAUACAGCGGAUGCUCUUUUAUAUUUAAGCAGUCAGCGUGCACAAGGGAAAGUUAUUUUGGAAGUAGACAAGUUUUAA